GAGAUAUUCCCCUACUUGAGUACUUGGUGUAUGAUGGCUCCCAGGGAGAAAAACUAGAAGUCCAAGUGACAGAAGAUAUAAAGGGGAAUCCAGAACCCUACACCUUGACCCUUCAAAUGGAAGGAGUUGUCUCUCCUGUAAUUCCAGGGGGUAGUGACAUAACUGCUGUAAUAACGGCAGUAGAUCAGAUGUUCACCACCAGGUGUCCUAAGUAUCUUGGAGCGACGGGGGUGGUACAUAUCAGCUUCGAGACCAACUCGAACACAGCUCAGGGCGGUCAGAUUGUAGAUGAUAAGGAGGCUUUCUGUGGAAGAAAAUCUGUAAAGAACCCGUCUUACCUGUACUCAAACAAUGACGGAUUGCUACUGGGCUCAGGUGUUAAUACAAUAUGUUUUGCCUACCAUGGAGCCCUUGCGAGUGGUUUGGUUGUAAAGUACUCCUACAAGGCGGGGGAGGACAUGACUAGCGUAGAUAACAAGUACAGGACGUUCUCUAUCAGCAUCGCAGAGGAAUCAGAUCAGUGGAAAUACACAUGUUUUGACAUGCUGACAGCACUUACUAACCUUGUUACUGAUGGGCAGCUGUUCAGAGUACAUUAUAUCAAGGCUUCAAGAUCAGGAGAUGUAUACAUAGACGAGGUAUAUAUUGGUAAUGGACCAACUACAAAGGACCAAGAGAAUGUGAACUUACUGCGACUGAAACCUGUGAAGCCUAACGGUCAUGUGAUACACCUUACAGAGGGAGUGGUGACUUCUAAUGCACCGCCCGUGUUCAGUGUGGAUAUCACAUUCAUCCCUCUGGAAUGUGGAUACGACUUCCCUCUGCUUAGUGCUGUCCCAGGACAG